AUGACCAAAAAUACGUUAAUUUUAUUGAAUAUGUUUGAACCUGUCGAUUACCGUACCUGUCACAAUUGUGAGAAAGAAACAUAUAUUGAUCAUAAAAAAUUAUGUCAAAAAUGUUAUAAGAGUGGUAAUAAAAACAUUGAUAAAUUCAUCAAACACACGCAACCAUAUCUAGUAUGGGUUCCAUAUAAUAAUUUUUUAAAUAUUAAGUAUAUCGCAGAAGGCGGAUUUAGUAAAAUUUUUAAGGCAAAUUGGAAUUCUAAUGGCCAGAAAAGGCACAUUGUUUUAAAAGCUUUGAAUAACUCCAAGAAUGCCGAUACAAAAUUUUUAAACGAGCUAAAACUUAACUAUGAGUUGAAGUCAAAAUUUGUAAUAAAAUGUUAUGGAGCAACCCAAGACCCAAAAACCAAGAACUAUGCAUUUAUUUUAGAUUAUGCACCAAACGGAGAUUUACAUCAUUUUUUAUGUAAAAACUUUAAAAAAGUUACGUGGAAAAAAAAGAUUGAUUUGUUCCGUGAUACUAUUAUUGGAAUUAAAUUACUUCACAAUAAGAAAAUCAUACACUGUGAUUUACACAGUGGCAAUAUUCUCAUUAUCACGAAUGAUUUUGAAGCUGUUAUUUCUGAUUUAGGAUUUAGUCAACGAGUAACU